GCGGGCGCGCGCGGGAUGACACCCUCGUCGCAGGUGGUGCUGUCGGUGCAGCAGCGGCCCAGCCUGUCGCCGCGGCCCGUCAGCGCCGCCAUGACCUCGCCCAGCCUGCACUCGCGCCCCCUGCACCACCACCACUCGGCGCCCUCGCGCUCCACCGACCGCAUCACCAGCCCGCUGCCCGUCGACCACGAGAAGAUGCGGCAGCUGGAGUGCCAGCGGGUGCACACGAUCCGCCUGAUGCUGGAGAAGGAGCGCCGCUACGUGGACGCGCUGCGCAGCGAGCUGGCGCGCUGCAACCAGCCGCGGCUGCAGCAGGAGCUGGCCGGGGCCGAGCGCCGCGUCAACACCUUGCAGGAGCAGCUGGGCAGCCUCACGGCGCACCACGCCGACGACGCCGACCACGAGUACUCGUAUCCCAAUUCCAAGAGCCCCUCCCCCUCCGGAACCCUGAUCCGACAGUUGGAGCGGGAGCUGGACGUCCCUCCCCCCCUGCCGAUCCGUAACCGCCCCCUCCUCGCCCUGCACUUCCCCUGCCCGGACCCCCCGCCCCCGAUCCCGCCCCGCCAGUUCUACCCCCACUUACUUUGCACUGACGGUGGUGAGUCUCACAUCGUAGACAAUGCUCAUAACCUGCAUUUGUCACCAACUAACAAUUACUCGGUAAGUCCACAUGUGUCGCCAUUGCACACGCACCAUCGAACCAAAUCGAGCCCUGACAACAUUCACAACUUAUCCGUAGCUGAAGUUACGAAACGACUUCUGGCGUCCGAGUCAAUGUCGGAUUUGUCGGGGAGUGGCGUCAGUCCGAGCAGAGGCAAGAGCAUAUCCCGGUCGAGUUGGGAUGUGGACUCCCCACGCGUCACUCCUCCGGGCACUCCACCCCCGCCUUACGGCGGCAGUAGUACCAACCCCGCAGAGGAGAUGGACACGCUUCAUGUGUCGGAGGGCCAGCCAUACGAAGAGCUGCCUGCCGCGGAUGUUCCGUCGCCUGAAACCUCUGUCUCAAAGACCAAUCACGGUACACUGGUCCAUCAGCAGCCCAUCAUGUCCAUGGAAGAUGAUGAAAUGUCUGACCAAGAAGUGAGUCAGCUAGAAGAUCACGGUCCUUUCAAAAGUCUGAACAAGCUGUGGGAACACAAUGCUCACCUCGCUGUCUUCCUCAACUACGUCUUGUCGAAUAGUGAUCCCUCCAGUUUGCUGUUUUACUUAGUAACAGAUUUGUACAAAGAGGGAAAUGCUAAAGAAAUGAAAAAAUGGGCUUACGAAAUCCAUUCCAGUUUCCUUGUUCCAUAUGCUCCUUUGAGACUGAGCAAUGUUGAUGAGAACAUUGCGCGAGAAAUAGACGAAACGCUGAUGCAUGAGAGUGACAAAGAAGAAAUUUUAAGAAAGAUAUUUUGGAAAGCCAGAAGCAAAGCGAAAGAAGAGCUGAACGAACAGCUGGCUGAUUUUCAGCAGAAGAGAACGGCUGGCUUGGGAACGAUAUUUGGGCCAGCAGACGCUCAGUUGGACGAAAGUAUUCACGACAAGAACAAAGAGAUGAAGAUUGUGGAGUCCAUUCUCCUGCCGAAACUGGAGCCGUACAUGGAGGACGUGGAGCGGGACAACGUGGACCCGCGCCGCUUCACCACGGCCGCCGCGCUGUGCACGGUCAUCGGCAAGGUGUUCGGGCUGCGCGGGCCUCCGGCGAGCGCGCUGAUAGAGCGCUGCCCUACGUUCGUGUCCAAGGACAAGAGCCUGAAGGUGAAGCUCAUCAGCAAGACGACCAGAAAGGUAGUUGUCAGAGGCCAUCACUUUGUGUUACAUCAGUAUUACACCGUCACAUAUUGCAACCAUUGCCAGCUGAUAAUAUGGGGUAUUGGCCCACAAGGUUACCAAUGCACAGACUGUUUUCUGAACAUCCAUCGAACUUGUGUGAAGGUCGUGGAGGAAAACUGUCCCGGCCCAGUUACCAAAAAAGAGAAGGCGAAUGACAGGAUAAGCAAGCUUAUGGAUAAAAUCCGUCCACAACAGGAGUCGAGGAGAAAGCCAAGCUCGCUGAAUUCCAUCCAUUACGACCCUCGCGCGAAGAAGCCAUCCGAGGAGGAAACCGUCGUUCCCACUGACGGCGAACCUGUGCCAGGCGACAGGCCGGCGGCGGGCGCGCGCGGCGACAGACGGCCCGACCCGGUGCGGGAGGGCGAGGAGAGGCCGCACGGCGACGCAGUCCGCAACAACGAGGACGACGACUACCGCGGCGACAUCCAGCAUGUCCCGAAGAAGCCCACCUCGACCUCCAUCAACCGCUCCGAGAGCUACAAGGAGAGGAUGCACCCCAAGAGGCCGCAAAGGGAAAGGCGGAAACAUAGCGACCCUAAUCUCUCGUCCAAAACAAGUGAUGUGGACUUGGAUCCGCAGGGACUUUCCUACAACACAAAUUCGGGGAGCUCAUCAAAUUCAAGUUUAUCAACCAGGAGCCUGGACAGCCCGAGCAACUCCCUGGAGAUGGUGAGCGCGCCGCGGACGCACGAGGCGGUCACCGUGACCUUGACCCCCAGCAGCGGCGGCCACUACGACAGCGACCUGGAGGCGGAGCCCGACCCUCCCGACUGGGUGCCCAAAGGCGUGGACCUCAAGAGCCUCAGCGACCGGGAGAAGAAGAGGCAAGACAUCAUCAACGAGCUGUUCCACUCGGAGCGGUCGCACGUCCGCAACCUGAAGGUGCUGGAACAGGUGUUCUACCGGCCGAUGGAGGAGAGCCAGGCGCUGCCGGCCGACCACUUGCAGCUGCUCUUCUCCAACCUGGACCAGAUGCUGGACAUCCACAGCCAGUUCAACAACCUCAUGAAGAGCAAGAAGAAGGAGGGCCCCAUCGUGGGGGACGUCGCGGACCUGCUCCUCACCAUGUUUGAUGGGCCGGAAGGUGAAGAAUUCCAAGAGGCCGCAGCCACUUUCUGCGCACGGCAGCAGAUUGCGCUGGAGCUCCUGAAGGAAAGGCGGAGAAAAGAUGCGAAGCUCAACAACUUCCUCAACGAAGCAGAGGGAAACCCGUUGUGCAGGCGGCUUCAGUUAAAAGACAUUAUACCUACAGGCAUGCAGAGGUUAACGAAGUACCCGCUCCUGUUCGAGAACCUGGCGAAGCACACGGAGAAGGACACGGAGGAGUACGCGGGCGUGCUGCGCGCGCUGGAGCGCAGCAAGGUGAUCCUCAACAACGUGAACCAGGCCAAGCGCGAGGCCGAGGACCACCAGCGGCUCUCCGACAUCCAGAGGCGGCUCGACAAGUCCGGCUUUGAGAAGGUGGACCACCCCAUGGCGGCGGAGUUCAAGAACCUGGACAUCACGAAGCACCGGCUGAUACACGAGGGCCUGCUGUCGUGGCGCAUCACGAACCGGCAGAAGUGCGUCGACCUGCACGUCCUGCUGCUCGACGACGUGAUCCUGCUGCUGCAGAAGCAGGACGAGAAGUUCGUGCUCAAGUUCUACAGCACGUACUCGCCGAGCGGCGGUCCCACCCUCUCGCCCGUCAUCAAGGUGUCCACCGUGCUCGUCAGGCCCAACGCCGCCGACAAAAAAGCUCUGUACCUGGUAAACACGUCAACAAAUGGCGCGCAAAUUUAUGAUCUCGUCGCUACAUCGUCGUCGGAACGGAAAACAUGGUUUCGGCACAUUUCGGAGGCUGCUGAAGCGUACAAAACACGAGAUGGGAAGAACAGACGAUCAGAAGCUACAGUCACCGCACCAACCCCAGAUAAUGAAUUAUCUGACAGUAAUCUUCAAGAUAAAACCAAAGAGUCGGAGGAGCCGGGCGCGGAGGCGGGCAAGGAGCCCGGGGACCGGCCGCCGGCCGCCGCUGGGGUCAGCAGCAGCACCAGCACCACCACCCUCGACACGGAGCCCUCCGCGUCGCCCGGCGACGGGGCGCCGCCCCCUCCCGCGUCCCCUGACCCCGGCCCCCAGGCUGGGGACGAGGCGGCGCCCCGCAAGCUCGCAGGUGACGGCCUGUUGUCCCCGUCUCUGCGGCGGCGCAUCGAGCCCAGCCGCAUAGUGACGGAGGAGAGCCCGCUCAUAGAGCCCACCGAGGUGGUGGUGUGCCAGCGGCCGGUGCUCACGGCCGAGCCCGUCCUCACCCCCAUAGAGAAACUCCGGCGGAAGGACGAGGAGAUCCGGCUGGCCCUGGAGGAGAAGCAGCAGCUCGUGGCGGAGAUCCUGCACGUGCCCCGGGAGGAGUUCGACACCAUCGCGGACCUCGCGGGGGAGCCGUCCUUGGACAAGGACGCCUCGGAGCUGGUGCUGGCCGCGGUGAACCAAGCCAACCAGCUGAGCGCGCUGCUGAACGAGGUCCUGCAAGUCACAGAGGAGGAAGCCGUCUCAGCGGCGUCCGAGGCGCGGAGCAACCGGGCGAGCAGGAUGCCGGCGGUCCCCGCGAACAAGCUCCAGGACAUCUCCAGCGCGCUGAACAAGCAGCUCACCCACUUGCUGAAGCUGGUGAGGGACCGCGACGAGGAGCGGGAGCGGCUGCGGCGGGAGCUGCAGAGGUCCCGGGAGCAGCUGCACGUCAUGCACGAGAGCCACCGACGCAGCCAGCUGGCGGCCGCCCCCAGCCCCGCGGGGUCGCGUCCCAGCAGCUACCUCUCGCAGGCCGGCUCCUGCGACCCGCCCGGCGACGGAGAGGACGACACCGGUGAGGGCAGGUUGUCCCUAGCGAGCGACCGGGAGGGAGAACUCGACGCCCCGCUCGCCCCGACAGACGCGCACGAAGAGACCACAACUGACGUGUUUGUUGAUGCGCUCUCGGGGGAGACGGAAGUCCCGACGGAGGCCGGUGAGCCCGAGCCCGAGCCCACGGCCGAGCGGCCCCCGGAGCCGUGCUAGUGGCGCCCACCCCGUGGCGGGUUCUAGUCGCGAGGACCGGGCCUGCCGGCGGCCAGACUCGUCGCGAUCGUCGGCGGGGCGAAGCGUGUGUGUGUUUGCGUCCCGUGCACUUAGGGUCGCCGUUUGCGCGUCGCGUCGUCGCGGAAAGGAUGGAAAUAUAAAGAAAAAAUACAUACAUUUAUUUUUAUUAUGUACAUGAGUUAUUGUGAAUAACAUCAUUUCCAAUCAAAGUUAAUUUUGUAAAUUAAUAUUUGCAUUUUUCAAUGCCAAAAAAAUGUUUCGUACGGAGCUGUAAUGUUUGAGAAUAAGGUUUUUUCUGUAUAAAUGUGUUAAAUUUCUGCAUAUAUAGAUGUAUAGUGAAUCAAAUGAUUAGGGAAUAGGCACUCAUUUCUUGUUAACUGUUUAAAUGUGCUGGUUUUGUUUACUUUGUUAACUAUUGCCACAUUUUUUUUUCUCCCCCCCAAAUUGUAACAGGAGCAUUGAUGAAAUCAGCAAAGAGACCUGGUAGAUAAAAGUUUUUAUAAAAUGCCUUUACCUAGUGCCUAGCGGAAUCACGACUGGCUGCAGCAUAGCGUCGGACUUGUAAUACUACGUGCGAUUUUUCAGUUGUACAUUUUUGUGCUUGUAGAGUACUGCUGAGACUUGUGAGUCUGAAACUUAAAGUAAUAUUUGUACUGUAAACUACAUUAUAGAUGUAUAGAGCAUUAUAUAAGAUCUUACGAAUAUAUAGUUAAUUUUAUGUAUCCAAAUUUAUCAGUACUAAAAUUAAGAUACCCCGUUUUUGACACAAAUUUUUCAUUUAUAUAGUUUUUUGCUGAGACUAGCCAGAUGUCAAGUAAUUAUGUUGCUGGGAUAAAAAAAAAAUUAAUAUAGUGGUUAGAUUAAUUUUUAUUUUGUUUGAGAGCAGUGCAGUUUUGUGCAAGCAAAAUGACUUUCAUGUUGAAACGGUCUAUGCUGUUGGCCUAAAUUAUUUGCUAUUUAUUUACAAACUGAAUUAACACAUUUACAAUACCUUAAGGCAUGUAUCAUGGUUGUUCAAUCAAUUCAUAUUGUAUUUUAUACUCAAAUAAAAUUUAUCCUGUAAAUUACAAGGUAACUAUGAUAGUCUAAACGGAUUCAUGCAUUUCGUGGUAUAUAAUUCACAAGUUGUUUAAAAGUUUAUAUUUAUAUAUAUUAUAUAGUAUGUUUUAAUCUUAGUGUAUUAAAAAAUUUAAUUUCCUGUAUCAUUACAGUAAAACCACUCAUCAUGUACAUGUUGCUAUGUGUUUGAUUGGCUCAUAUACCAGUGUUGAAAUAGACUUCAUGAACUGUCUUUUGAGUUCAUAAGCUAUAUAUGAAUAGUGUUUCCCUUAAUGUAUUUUUUUUUGUUGAAAAUAUUAAACUUAACGUAGUCUCAUCAGCCAGUAAAUGGUAUAAAUUGUCAUGCAUUUUUUCUUUGAUUUUGUUAUUUUGUUACUUUAAUUUAUAAAUAUUUUGUUUACAUUGAGAAUUGAAUACAUGCCUGUAUAUUACAGUGCAUUAUUUUUAUGAUGGUUGGUUUAGAGAAAUAACAAUAAUAGCAGAUUAAGAAAGCUUUAAAUUUGUGUAAAUUGUAAAGAAACACCCUGUUACAGCAAUGAAAUUUGUGAGCAUCUUUGUUAAAAGGUCUGAAGAUAGCAAUGAUCUUGUGUUGUUACAUCAUAUCCAUAAUACUUCUUUAAAUGCUGAAGAUGAAUUUAAUAAGUAUGGAAACAAACUGAAACAUUUUGAUUACUGUUUACAGUAUUUAGUCUAACAUAAUCCAUAGUUGUCAGUUGGUUUUCAGCAUGAGAAGUGAAUUUAAUGAUAGUUACACUACUUUUUUUUUAAUGUGUAGAAAAUGUGCAUGGUUUUGUAUCUGAUUAUUUGUAUUAAAUCUGAGACUUUGUGUUAGCAAUGUGUACGCAAUUAGUUAAUGCAAAUAUGUUUAAUCUUACUCAAUAGUUACCAUUACAAAACUCGUGUUCUGGUAUUUUGUCUUGAAAAUUGUUAAAAUUGCUUGCGUCAAAUAGGGAACUUGGUGAAAACCUUUCUCGUGAUAUAUUAGCAGUGUUGAACGUUUCUGGCCUUACUCUUUUAAAUGAUUUAAUUUAAUUGGAUGGUUAAUACAGCCAAUGCUAAACACACUGUUAAUGUUUUGUAGAAGUUAACUUUUGUUUUGGGUAAAUGAGGGCCUAAAUUUUUGCACUUAUCAAAGAUGCAACAUUUAUAUUCGUGUGCAUUUGUAUGUUUAUACACACACACAAACACACACACCCCCCCCCCCCAACUCCUUUUUUUUUUUUUUUCUGGGAAAAAUAUACUUAGUAUAAUUUAUUUUUUUUGUGUUAUUUUUUAACCAGUUUCUCACUUGCUGGUGGAAGUUUACCAUUCAACUCAAACGUGUCAAACUUGUUGAGGUCACUGCCACAUGUUUAGUGGCCAGAGUAUUUUUAAGCAGCUCACAAAUAGGCCUGAAUUUUCCAAACGGAAAACAAACAACCUUUUAAACAUUUGUUCCAAUCGUAGCAACAUUAUCUUCUAAUAGAUUGUUGGUGUUGCAAGCUUAGUAUGGAAAUUUUUUGAUUUCCCCCCCCCCCCCCCCCCCUCCCCACCCAUAACAUUUUGAGAUGGAUACUUUUUUGAUACUAAUUUUUUAAAAAAAAAUAUGUAACAUUUUUAAUUCACCUGUUUAAUCGAACUACCCUGUCUACUCAUGUUGAAAAUGAACUACCAGACUCAGCUUGAUUAGAUUUAUUCUAUAAAAAUGUGACAGAGUUAGAAAAAAAUUACUAAAAGGAAUUUUAAUCUAAUAUUCAUUCAGAUAUAGCCAUCCUUAUGGAUCUUUAAUUAUACGUUGUCUUCUAUUUUUGCAAAUUUUUACCUUAUGCUUUUUUUUUUAUUAUUUAAAUUUUUUGUUGCAAUCAGAAGUUAAUAUAAUAUUGCUUUUUGUUAAAACUAUAAAUUAUGUUGUUUUUUAUUAUUUAAAUUUUUUGUUGCAAGCAGAAGUGAAUAUAAUAAUGCUUUUUCUUAAAACUAUAAAUUAUAACAUGUCUGUUCUGUGUGUAUCUUUUACAAAGUUGCAUAUAAAAUUUUGUCAUGCAAUUUCAAUUUUGCCGUUGUUGAAACAUAGUGUGUGUUACAAAGCCGGCAGAAUGUCCACUUAAAACAAUGUAGUGCUAUCUUUAGUUGACUUAAGUUAGUUUACUUCUACUCUUUUUUUUAUUUCCUGCGCAGUAGUUUCUUCUGCGGAAGGUUUGAACACAGAGGUGAUCUUAGUUCACAUUUUCUUUGCUAUCGUGAUCGCGUAAACAUAUCUACAGCAUUGUGUUGUUACCACUGUCAAGUGACAUACUGAUACAUUAGGGUCUCGCAUGAUGUAUUUAAGUAGUUUCUAACAUCAGUAUUAGAAACAUCUGAUGGAAGGGAGAUGUAUUCCUUGUAAAACAAAACUUUAAGAUCAUAUGGUAAUGAUUGAUAAAAAAAACUAUUGUUUUUAAUUGUUGUAACAUAGUACCUGUACAUAGAGAGAAACAUAUGAAAUAAAAUUUAAUUCCUACA